GCGCCGAAAGGCGAUUCGAGUUCAAGUGCCGACCAAAAGUCGCUUUUAAUGAAUUCCGAAAGAAUAACCAUAAAAACCAAUAAUAACAAAACAGACUCAUUAACAAGCCAGCCUUCAUCCUAUGGCAUACUAAAUACUCAACGCUGCUACCAUUUAAGAGCAACAGAGCACAGAGAGAGAGCGAGAGUGAAAGUCUCACUCUCUCUUAGAGAGCAAACUUUGCAGCUGUGCAGCAUCGGAAAGUACACAGAAGUAAGCAACAAUUUUCAUUGAUAAAAAUGCUGGCAGCUGUGUCCUGUGCUUCAGUCGUACGCGAACCUUCAGACAGUCUCAGUCCCCAGUGUCAGAGACAGUCUCUGCUCAGACCACAACACAAACUAUAGUUUUUUGGCGCCGAGUUGAAUCGCGGAAUUUCCAAUUAACAUUACGUAUACGCGGAGUUAAACGUUAAAGCCAUUGUGAACAAUCAAAUCAAAGCAUAAUUGCUCAAAUUGUGUAAUAUUUGGCAUCAUUUCGCAGAAAUCUGUGAAAUAGAAAUAAAAACUCUUGCGUUGGCGCCACUUAACUUUUGCUUUACGGGAAACUUCAAAUGAGUUGUUGACGCCAAAGUCACACAGUCGAAUCGAAUCGGAAUUAAUGAAAAGAGCCAUCCAUGACAAUAGCCAAAGUCAACAUGCCAAUGUUGAUGCGCCAGGUUGCUGGACAGCAUUACCAAUUGCGGUAAAUAAAUAAAGCAGGUAAAGCAACCUUCAGGUGCAAGUCACGUGGCACGUCCAAACAACAGACGCAACUGGCCAACCGUUUUGAGCCAUUUUGACGGCCGUAAAUUUUGGCAAAGCGACAGCGUUAACAGCGAGGCAAAGACGAUCAGACGACUCCUACGCGGCAUGGAGGCCAUCAUGUCAACAUUGCCCACUUUAACAACAAACGAGGGCAGUCUGUGGAUAUCCAGCGCUCUCUCCGAGGUGUUGCACAGCAGCAGUCACGGUGCCACGGAGAACGCAACUCUUGCCGCUGCUGCAGCUGCCACAACAACAGUGGCAGCUGCGGCUGCUGUGGCAGCAACAGCAUCAACAGUGGCAGACGCUGGUAAAGUCCAUGACAAGCAUCCGCAUCCAGUGACUGACAAUGACACAGACUUGAGUUCGUACCCCGGCUAUAUACACUAUCGCGACAAGUAUGACGUAAGUUACAUAGCCAAAGUGAAUCCCUUUUGGCUGCAGUUCGAGCCACCGCACACGAGCACCUUCUACAUUAUGGCCGGACUUUAUUGCCUCAUCUCCGUCGUUGGCUGCUUUGGCAAUGCAUUUGUCAUCUUUAUGUUUGGCAGUCGCAAGUCUCUGCGUACGCCGGCUAAUAUCCUCGUGAUGAAUCUGGCCAUUUGUGACUUCCUUAUGCUGGUUAAGUGUCCCAUUGCCAUUUACAACAACCUACAAGAGGGUCCAGCAUUGGGUGAUACAGCCUGUCGGAUUUAUGGUUUCGUCGGUGGCUUGAGCGGCACCUGCGCCAUUGGUACACUCACAGCCAUUGCGUUGGAUCGAUAUAAUGUUGUGGUGCAUCCGCUUCAGCCGCUGCGUCGCUACUCGCGUCUCCGCUCCUAUGUGAUCAUCAUACUCAUCUGGUGCUACAGUUUUCUGUUUGCUGUGAUGCCGGCCCUGGAUGUGGGACUCUCGGUGUAUGUGCCUGAAGGUUAUUUGACCACCUGCAGCUUUGACUAUCUCAACAAAGAGACGCCGGCGCGCAUCUUUAUGGCACUGUUCUUUGUGGCCGCCUAUUGCAUACCGCUCACUUCUAUCGUCUACUCUUACUUCUACAUCCUAAAAGUGGUCUUCACCGCCAAUCGCAUACAAUCGAGCAAGGACAAGGCCAAGACCGAGCAGAAACUCACGUUCAUUGUGGCUGCCAUCAUUGGCUUGUGGUUCGUCGCCUGGUCACCGUAUGCCAUCGUCGCUAUGAUGGGUGUCUUUGGCCUGGAGCAUCACAUCACGCCGCUGGGCUCCAUGAUACCAGCACUCUUCUGCAAGACGGCCGCCUGUGUGGAUCCCUAUCUGUAUGCGGCCACGCAUCCCAGAUUUCGCGUCGAGGUUCGCAUGCUCUUCUAUGGACGUGGAGUGCUUAGACGAAUGUCAACCACACGCUCAUCCUAUAUGACACGUUCCCGCUCCUCGUUCACACAUCGUUUGCGUCCCGCUCCAGCUGAAUGUGAGACGGCACGCAAUGAGCCGUACAUGUUGAACAACAAUCUGAUGAUGGUGCCCGAGGAGACCGAGGAAAAUGAGGAAAUUAUCGUUGUAGCAGAGAUAAACAAUGCAAAUCGCAUCGAGAUGGAGCAGAGUAAGUUUUAAAUUAGAUAUUUAAGGAACGAAGAAAGAGUGUUAGGGAAACGUGAUACAAUGUUGAAAAGAAUAGAGCUUAGGUCAAGUACAAAAUGUUUGUAAAUAACUUAGUUAUUAGUAGAAGAAUCCCUGAAGAAUCUUGCAACAUAUCUAAAAUCGUAAGUAAAUGCCAAUUAAAUGCAAUUUGGCAUUUUCAACAUUAUUUCGCUUUCCGUUGAAUGUUCCAAUUAAAUAAGAAUACAAAAAAGAAAUAAGAUACAUUUGCUAUUGUAUUUCCCACAAUUGAAUGUCUCGAUUAUGUAUUAUUGUUGUGCUUACCUGAAGCAUAAUUAUGGCUGAAUACAAUAUAUGUCUGUAUGUACUUGAGAUACUUAUGUAGUUGGCACAAGCAAAAUGUCAAGAGAAUAAAACGAAAAGGAAGCUUAGGAAAAUAUACGUAAAUCGUCAAGUGAGAAGCACUAGAUUUAUAGUUAUUAUGCGAGAAAUGUAUCUUGUAGAUACGUCAUUUGUAAUUUCAGGGAAAAUCACAAGAAUUGAGGACAAAUUCGUAUGAAUAAAUACUUAAUCGUAUUUGCAUUAAUCUCUGUCACAAUAUGAAUUAAUCUCAUUUCAUAAUUGAAAUCCUUUCUAACAAAUAAGCCUAUUGACAUUUUGAUGUGCAAACGCAUCAAAUCGAAUCACAUCAACAAAACUAAGCUAUUUACCACUACAACCAAAAAUAAUAAUAUAAUAUUUAUACACAAAUUUCUAUUUAUGAUAGCUAAAUUUCUUGGUAUUAUUGUUGUGCUCAUUUCAUUUUGUAUACUGAUUGUGUCUAUGUUAAACUUUGUUGUUCGCAUUACGGAGGGAACUUGACCGUACCCAAAAGAGUACUUGUACCUAACACAAAACAGAAAAAAGAAAAAGAAAAACCAAAGCAUAUAUACUAUAAAACCCAGAGCUAUGCCAAAUAAUAAUUAUUAAUAUUUAUAAGUGCAAGUAUCAUACGAAUUUAUACUCCUUAAGUGUUUUGUGCUCUUAAUUAUCUGUAUAUAAAUGUCAAUAAAAAAAUAAAUGUAAAUACAUAUAAAUAUACGUAUAUUCUGUGUUUGUUAAACAAAGCAACAUUCAUAACAAUAGAACAAUAGUAAAAUAUACAUGCUAAAAGAGACCUGGAAAAAUUCUAAUUGCAAAUGUAAAAGCAAAUUAAAGCUAAGUCGAUGUCUAAAUACUCUUAAAAUAAUUUUACAAACUACAUUAAAAUUUGAAAAACUAUAUUUAUCUUUUUGCUUCAUUGUCAAAAUUAACCAGCAAACUUGAAAACAUUUGUUAGUUAAAAAUAUUGUCAUGAAAUUACA